CUGCCUUUCUUCCGGUCUGCCUUGCAUCUCCCGCCUGCACUGCCCGCCUCUCACUCUGGGCGGAAUUAAUAUUUGCACAUAUCCGAGCAGGAAAUUCAUAUACGAAAAAGGAUGGCACGCGACGGCAGUCCGCCACCACGCCCCCGCUGCGCACUGCCCGCCUGGCUAACCAGCCCGCGGCUGUUCGCCGCACUGCUGGCAUUCCGCCUGCUCAACGUCAGCCUGGUGCAAACGUACAUCCACCCGGACGAAACGUGGCAAUCACUUGAGGUCGCCCAUCGCAGCGUGUUCGGCUACGGCUUCGUCACAUGGGAAUGGCACUACACUCUGCGUGGGUAUGCGCACCCGAUGAUGUUUGCCGUCGUGUACAAGAUACUGGAGCUCCUGCAUCUCGACGGUACAAGGCUCAUUCUCACGGCGCCGUAUAUCCUGGUCGCGAUUAUUGCAGCCGCAGCUGAUUUCUCGACAUAUCAUUUUGCCAAGCGCCUGGGCGGCUCCCGGGUGGGCACAUGGGCGCUCGCGUGCUCGGUCAUUUCGUGGACGAUGGGCAGCGGAGUUGUGCGGCCCUUGGCCAAUUCAGCCGAAACGGCAUUGACUGCAGCAGCCUUUGUAUACUGGCCAUGGCACGCCGCCUCACGUAGCCCUCGCGUGACUCAUGCACCGUCCCUGCGGCUUGCCUUGGCAUUUGCCGCGCUCAGCUGCAUUGUGCGGCCGACCAGCGGAGCCCUGUGGCUAUGUGCUGGCGUCGUUUUGCUAGUUCGCCAACCGCGCCAAAACCGCAUUAGACGCACACUGCACAUAGUACAAACUAGCGCUAUCAUCGGUGUCGUAGCAAUAAUCGCGAUGGUGGGAAUUGACCGGAUGGGAUACGGCAAAUGGGUGUUCCCACCGUACAGUUUCUACAGAUUCAACGUGCAAGAAGACCUGGCGACCUGGUUUGGCAACUCCUCGCCGUUCUACCAUCUGGUGGUCAGCUUCCCAACAAUGUUCACGUCGAUGCUGCCGCUCAUCAUUCAUGGCGUGUGGGUUGCACACCAAACGCAGACCGCUUCGAUGGAGCCCGCUUUGGUUGCGAUCAUGGCAUCAUUCGCAUUUUCGCUGGUUGGGCAUAUGGAGUAUCGGUUCCUUUACCCGCUCCUGCCCAUCGGAUUCAUGUACGCCGCCGUAUCCUUGCAGACGCUUUCCGGAAUCGCCCCAUCGCCAAAGACUAGUAGACUGCCGAGGCUGACAGUAAACCAACUGGUUGUGUUCUUGGUAGCGACGAAUCUACCAGCAAUGCUGUACUUGAAUUUAGUGCACCAGCGUGGCGUAGUCGAUGUCAUGGCGUAUUUGCGAAAUGCCGAUGCUGCCAGCAUUGGCUUCAUUAUGCCAUGCCACUCGACGCCAUUUUACAGCCACUUGCACAAAAAUACCCCUAUGUGGUUCCUCUCGUGCGAGCCGCCGCUUAAGCGCGCCCACUUGGGCUCGCACUACUGUGAGGCUGACGACUUUGAACAGGAUCCAGCGCAGUUCCUGCAGCGAGUCUUGGUGGAUCCUGAGGAUUUGAAGACGGAAUCGCUCCAUCUCGGCAAUUUGCACCCGGCUCCAGGUAGCGCACGCCCAAAACCCAGCCAUCUUGUGUUCUAUGACGUCAUGCUGCCGCGGAUUCACACGUACUUGACAGAAUCUGGCUACAGCGAAUGCGCACGGUUCUUCAACACGCAUUUCAGCGGGGACUCGCGACGUGCUGGCGACGUUCUCGUAUAUUGCAUAUAAUAAGCUAUUCAAUUGUGAUUUCCGGAAGUGGCAGAUACCAUUGCAUCAAAUUCACACUCGAUUUUACCAUAUUCAAC